AUGUCUUCUGCAUCCUUUCUACUUCUCUUCCUUUGUUGCUUUGCAACUCCUGCAUUUUCAGACCCAAGAGCCCAGAAAGCAGCUUUGGUGUGCACUAACAAAACUGCAUCAAUGCCUAAUCGUCAAGUUUUCAUAGCAAACUUUUUGGGUGCCAUUGAUUCGUUGACCUCUAUGAUUUCAAGACAAAGAUAUGGAGCUGUUGUUAAUGGGACACAGAACUUAACUGUGUAUGCUUUUGGUGAAUGCAUGAAAGAUCUUUCUCAAUCAGAUUGCAACAUGUGUCUUGCACAGUGCAAGACACAGAUCAUUAGGUGCCUGCCAUUUCAGAAAGGUACACGUGGUGGCAGGCUCUUCUUUGAUGGUUGCUACCUAAGAUAUGAUGACUACAACUUCUUCAAUGAGAGUCUUAGUGACCAAGACACCACCGUUUGUGCCACCAGUGAUUUUAGUGGGAAUAGCAGUGUUUAUGAAGCUAAUGCUUUGGAGUUAGUAAGAAAUUUGAGCUUUUUAGCACCAAAAAAUGAUGGGUUCUUUGUUGGCUCUUUGGAUCGAAAGAACGUAUCUGUUUAUGGGUUGGCUCAGUGCUGGGAGUUUGUUAAUGGCACUGCCUGCAAGAACUGUUUGCAAGAUGCUGUUACUAGGAUUGGUUCUUGUACAACAAAAGAUGAAGGAAGAGCAUUGAAUGCUGGUUGUUACUUGAGGUAUUCCACACAAAAGUUCUAUUAUAAUUCUACCAAUGAUGUACCUGCUGGAAAUCAUGGACACCGGCGUAUAGCUAUAAUUCUGGCUGCAUCUUUUGCUGCCCUGGCUCUUCUGCUGGUUGCUGCAACAGUUGUUUUCUUUGUAAGGAGGAAUGCACUGGCGAGGAGAAGAGAAAGAAGACAUUUUGGUGCACUUUUGGACACAAUGAACAAGUCCAAGCUAAAUAUGCCAUAUGAAGUUCUUGAAAAAGCUACAAACUAUUUCAAUAAUGCCAAUAAGCUAGGACAAGGUGGAUCAGGUUCAGUUUAUAAAGGAGUUCUGCCAGAUGGAAACACAGUGGCCAUAAAAAGGCUUAGCUUUACCACAACACAAUGGGCAGAUCAUUUCUUCAAUGAGGUCAAUUUGAUCAAUGGCAUUCAUCACAAAAAUCUUGUAAAGCUUUUGGGGUGCAGCAUUACAGGACCUGAAAGCCUUCUUGUUUAUGAAUACAUGCCUAACCAGAGCCUCCAUGAUCACCUUUCUGGUUUUAGAAUGAUUUCUCAACCGCUGACUUGGGAAGUCAGGCAUAAGAUCAUAUUAGGAAUUGCAGAAGGCAUGGCCUAUCUUCAUGAGGAAUCACAUGUUAGAAUCAUUCAUAGAGACAUAAAAUUAAGCAACGUUCUGCUUGAUGAGAACUUCGCUCCCAAGAUUGCUGAUUUUGGACUUGCUAGAUUGUUUCCAGAAGACAAGUCUCACAUUAGCACAGCCAUUGCUGGAACACUGGGUUAUAUGGCUCCAGAAUAUAUAGUUCGUGGAAAGUUGACUGAGAAAGCAGAUGUGUACAGUUUUGGAGUUCUGCUUGUUGAAGUUGUAUCUGGCAAAAGAAACAGUUCCUUUGUUGUAAAUUCAUCCUCUAUCCUACAAAUGGUUUGGAGCCUUUAUGGAUCAAAUAGGCUCACUGAAAUUGUUGAUCCAACCCUAGAGGGAAAUUUUCCUGUAGAGGAAGCAUGCCAACUUCUUCAGAUAGGGUUGCUUUGUGCACAAGCAUCUGCAGAGUUGAGACCAUCAAUGUCAGUAGUUGUUAAAAUGAUUGAUAACAAUCAUGAAAUUCCUCGGCCAACGCAACCGCCAUUCAUUAAUUCUGGUCGUUCAGAACUCAUCAGAUCUAGUUUACCUGGAAAAAACUUUCAGCCUGGAUCCAACACACAGUCUUCAGGGGAUACCAUGACUGAAAGUUUGAUUGAGGCUAGAUGAGUUGAACCACACAAUCUUUCUCCUGGAACAAUUUUGUGCUCACAAUUGCUAAGUACCCUUAUGACAGCUUUUGGCAAGCCUUCAUUCUUAAGAAAGUAUGGUUUCAUUUAUCAGCAUGGCAUUUGUCACUACUUGCAUAGUGACAUAACCCCACAUAUGAACCAUCUACCAACAGUUAGA